GCGGGGCGGGGCGUCAGGAGAUAUGGAGGAUGCCGAGUACUUCGAGGGGAGCGCGGCGGAGUGGGGGGGAGAGGCGGACGGCGCGCAAGACGAUGAGGAUGGAGAGGGAGAAGAUGAUGCUGAAGUCCAGCAAGAAUGCCUGAAGAAAUUUUCAACCCCUGACUAUAUAAUGGAGCCAUCUAUUUUUAACACAUUAAAGAGGUAUUUCCAAGCAGGAGGUUCUCCAGAGAAUGUUAUACAGCUUCUCUCUGAAAACUACACUGCAGUGGCACAGACUGUAAAUUUGCUAGCAGAGUGGCUCAUUCAAACAGGUGUUGAGCCAGUGCAAGUUCAGGAGACUGUAGAAAACCAUUUAAAGAGCUUACUUAUCAAGCAUUUUGACCCUCGGAAAGCCGAUUCCAUCUUUACAGAGGAAGGAGAGACUCCAGCCUGGCUUGAGCAAAUGAUAGCACAUACUACGUGGAGAGACCUCUUUUACAAGUUGGCUGAAGCACAUCCUGACUGUUUAAUGCUCAAUUUUACUGUGAAGCUUAUAUCUGAUGCUGGAUAUCAAGGAGAAAUAACCAGUGUUUCAACAGCAUGUCAGCAACUAGAAGUAUUUUCCAGAGUCCUGCGUACAUCUCUGGCAACUAUUUUAGAUGGAGGAGAAGAAAACCUUGAAAAAAACCUCCCUGAGUUUGCUAAGAUGGUGUGCCAUGGAGAACACACUUACCUCUUUGCUCAAUCCAUGAUGUCCAUAUUAGCUCAGGAAGAGCAAGGAGGCUCAGCUGUCAGGCGGAUUGCUCAGGAGGUUCAGCGAUAUGCUCACGAGAAAGGCCAUGAUGCCAGUCAGAUCACUCUUGCGUUGGGUACUGCAGCCUCCUAUCCUCGAGCCUGUCAAGCUCUUGGUGCGAUGUUGUCCAAAGGAGCUCUGAAUCCAGCAGAUAUCACUGUCCUGUUCAAAAUGUUUACAAGCAUGGACCCGCCUCCAGUAGAACUGAUUCGAGUACCUGCCUUUCUGGACCUCUUCAUGCAGUCAUUGUUUAAGCCAGGUGCUAAGAUCAACCAGGACCACAAACAUAAAUACAUUCACAUACUGGCCUAUGCAGCUAGUGUUGUAGAGAUGUGGAAAAAGAACAAGAGAGUCAGCAUAAAUAAGGAUGAACUCAAGUCAACUUCAAAAGCCAUUGAAACAGUUCACAAUCUGUGUUGCAAUGAGAACAAAGGAGCAUCAGAGUUGGUUGCGGAGCUGAGCACUCUUUAUCAGUGCAUCAGGUUCCCAGUGGUGGCAAUGGGUGUGUUAAAGUGGGUGGACUGGACAGUGUCAGAACCACGGUACUUUCAGCUGCAGACUGAUCAUACUCCGGUUCAUCUGGCAUUAUUGGAUGAGAUCAGUACCUGCCAUCAGCUGCUUCAUCCCCAAGUUCUACAGCUUCUUGUCAAGCUCUUCGAAACAGAACAUUCGCAGCUUGAUGUUAUGGAACAGCUGGAAUUGAAGAAGACCCUCUUGGACCGAAUGGUGCACUUACUCAGUCGAGGAUAUGUCCUACCGGUUGUCAGCUACAUCCGCAAAUGCCUGGAGAAGCUUGAUACAGAUAUCUCUCUCAUCAGAUAUUUUGUUACAGAGGUGCUAGAUGUGAUUGCUCCUCCAUAUACCUCAGACUUUGUACAACUUUUUCUUCCAAUGUUGGAGAAUGAGAGUAUUGCAGGUACUAUUAAAACAGAAGGCGAACAUGAUCCCGUCACUGAGUUUAUAGCUCACUGCAAAUCUAACUUUAUUAUGGUGAACUAAGUAGUGGAAAAUACCAAGAAUGCAGAACAUGUGAUCACUGAUUUGCCAUGCUCUCCACCAGAAAGGUUCUAUAAUGGAGCAACAUAGCAGGAAAAAAAUAUCCAUGGAAAACAAAUGCAAAACAAGGAAGAAAGGGCUGAAGGGCACUUGGUUGACUUGCAGGCUGACCUUGAGCUUCAUAUAGAGGACUGUUAAUGUGUUUUGGAAAACGGAAUAAUACUGAAGGAUUUUCUGUAGUUACAUAAAUUGGUAUAAGUCUGAAUAUUUUGAAGGGGAUAGCAGGACAGAAACAGAUUUAUUUCAAAGAAUGAUAUCUUCGUUACUUGCAGAAUUUGUCACUGAUUCUUUGUAUAACAUACAAAAGGGGAAAAUAGUUCCUGCUAAACAACUUUGCAGAUAUUUCUCUGAAGACUAAAUCUUGAAUGCUGUAGUUUUUUAUGCCAAGUUGUGAAAAAAGAAUUUGUGAUUAGCUCUGUGCUGCAGAGAAGCCAUAAUGCCUCUUUCUCACCUUAGCAUUGUAUUAGAAAUCUAAACAUCCUACGUACUUACUGCGGUGAAAAAAUCCGUUUUGUGUAAUACAAGUAGACUCUUAACAAUCAAGGUUAGUUUUGUAUUAACAGAUGAAUCCUAUGUCAGUGUGCUGUCUUGCAGAAUCUAUUUUUUUGUUAAAUAGAUGCAUCAAAUAUUAUGGGUAAGUUUCAUUACCAUGAUGGAAUUCUACAGCUGUCCAAAAAUAUGAAUGUGUGCAGAAAUUUCAUUACUGCUUCUUGUGGCUUUGUUUUUAUACUUAUCUCUACUCUGUCCUGGUUGAUGCCAAACAGAGGGGGAUGCACCCAAGAUUAUAAUUUACCUUUAAAUAAAGUCAUGUCUAUAUUUCUUUCCAUAGCUUUCUUUUAAAGUUUCAUUAAGACUGCUGUUUCUUUCUGUUCUAUUGGGCUGGAUUUCUCUGUGUACACAGCGAAUACUGUUUGUUUAGAAGUGAAGGGUAUAGAGAAGCCCAUUGUGCUUUCCCAAGCUCAUCUGUUUUCUGAAGAACCUGCUUUCUAAAAGACAGAGACAUUUUUAAGUCCAACUAGAUGCAAAUUUAAAAAAAGAAAUCACUUUGUUCUUCUCUGUUGCUAGGGAUUCAUGAAUGGGAACUGUAAGUUACUGAGCUAAUCCUUGAGACAGCAGACAGUUGUACUGAUUAACUCGGAUCUUCUUCCCUUUCCUCAGCCGGUCCCACUCACCCCACAGUAACCUUAAUAACACUUACACUAUUAAUCUGUCUAAUCAACUUAAAGCAGGCUGAAAAGGCAAAACUUGCUUCUGCAGAACUUUUAUUGUCUUUUAGUGAUAAUCAAGAGCAGUUUGUUCCUGCAUCUGCUGCAGAUUUGCCAGGUGUUUAAACAAGGUAUAGUUUUGCUUUCCUUAUAUGUUCAAGCUUGGUAUCGCUUCCUCUGAACAACUCGAGUUCCUCUCUGUUUAUCCAUGUAGAUUUUUAAUUAGUUAAAACCUCUAUGAUCCUCUAUUGUUGUUUGAGCCAUCGUAGUUGCUGUAUAGACUGUGGUGUCGACCAGCCCUUUCACAAGAAAAGGUCCAGUAAAGGCAGUACCAUCCUGCGUAAGCCUUGGGCAGCCAGUCUGCCGCAUUAGACACCUUAAGUACAAUGGAAGACAACUCAAAGCAUGUAUUAAUAAGCUCUCAUAAUACACAUACCAUCAUGCAAGAGGAAAAAGGUCUGUUUAUUAAAUGUAAUUAACAGUACCAGUUUGUAACACUUGAUAUGGCAGUGAUUUGCCACUUAGUAACUGGCUCAGUUUUAAGGAAGAGAAUUUGUUACCUUUCUUCAAAUCAGUGAAGAGUUCUGGCUGGUGGCAAUUUAUACUUUGUAACAUAAGGAUUAAAAAUGGCACAGCCAAUAACAUAUUAAAGCCAGGAAUUUGAACAAAGUAAAAACUGUGUUUAGACAUUGUCUUUUGAUCAAAGUAAUUCCUGUUGUAUAGUUUUGGUUGU